AUGAAUAUGAAAAACGACUUGAAAGAAGAAUUGAAUAGAAGGAUGAGAGCAGCGUGGGCAGCAUUUGUACCCGUCAGGGAAGCUACAGACCAACUAACGGACCAAGCGCACCGUGCCCAUCUGUUUGACUCGACAGUUCUUCGAGCGUUAUGUUACGCAGUGGAGACGUGGGCAGACACCGCUGGCACGUCCAGGGAGCUACUUAUUACCCACAGAGCCCUUGAGAGAUGUCUUCUGAAGUUUAACCGACGCACACAACACCUAGCCGGUCUUCGCAGCUCCGACUUAAGAGGAAUGUCCCAUCUUCGUGACUCAGCGGAAUAUAUAUCGAAAGCAAAGCAUAGAUGGGCCAGUCGCAUUAUGAAAAGACUCGAUGAUAAAUGA